CCAAGAAGACACAGGAGAGGAAUGAAGGUCCUACUGUUGCUGAGUGUGGGGCUGGGCCUGACCUGGGCACUUCAGGAUCAAACCAACGUUCCUGUGGCGCCGUACUUCGUCCCUGAACAGGUGACAGGAUCUUGGCAUACCUUUGGGCUGGCUGCCACUGACCCAUCUGUCGUUGAGGAAGGAGGUGCUUAUCGGUGCUUCAUGACUGGCAUUGUUCUCCUGGACAAUGGUAACCUGAACAUCACCUACUUGCACAGAGAAGAUGGAAAAUGUGUGGAGAAAUUCUACAUUGCGGAGAAGACUGAGACACCUGGACGCUAUACGUUUGAGUACCAAGGCAAAAACUUUCUGACUUUUGUGGAUGUUACUGAGGACUCCAUCAUCAUGGACUUGGAAAACCAGAGCAAAGGGGGCAGCUUAAUUGUGACUGAGCACCAUGCCAGGAGUCUGUCCACAAGUGACGUUGGAUGGGACUACUACUUCUCUCACACAUGCAGAAGAGGCAUCUCACCACUGGACAUUGAGGAACUUUCCUUCUCUCGUGAGUGUGACACACUCUAGUCAGCGUUUCCACGACCCACAUCUCCUGAAGCUUCUGACGUCGUACACUGACCCACUCUUCUCCGAGUAAUAAAUAAACUCAGUAUCUGCUCAA